ACGAAAUUGCAUCCUAUUCUGAACUGUUUGAUCUGAGUUCUACCGAUUUGUUAAGUGUGUUAGCUACUUUCGACUUUUAUGCUCUAGUUCACUUUAAUUUCAUAGAUCAUCACCAUGUCGGUGGCAUUUGCACCUCACAGGCAGCGUGGGAAGGGUGAUAUAACACCCGCUGGAAUACAAAAGUUACUUGACGAAAACAACCAGCUGAUCCAGUGUAUAAUGGACUUCCAGAGUAAAGGCAAAACAGCAGAAUGUUCACAGUAUCAACAGAUGCUGCACAGAAAUUUAGUGUACCUGGCAACGAUAGCAGACUCCAAUCAGAACAUGCAGUCUCUCCUCCCUGCGCCGCCCACUCAAAACAUGCCCAUGGGCCCUGGUGGGAUGAACCAAAGUGGACCCCCCCCUCAGCCUCCUCACGGUCACAACAUGCCCUCUGAGGGUAUGGUCAGCGGUGGCCCUCCAGCCCCACACAUGCAGAACCAGAUGAAUGGACAGAUGCCUGGGCCUAAUCACAUGCCCAUGCAAGGUCCCGGUCCAGGCCCCAACCAGCCCCCAAACAUGCCCAGUGGCUCUAUGAAUAUGCCCCCCAGCAGCCAUGGCUCGAUGGGUGGGUACAAUCACACCGUCCCUUCUUCCCAGGGCAUACCAGCUCAGAGCCAAAUGAACAUGACCCAGGGCCAGCCCAUGGGAAACUAUGGGCCUCGGCCAAACAUGAACAUGCAGCCCAACCAAGGCCCCAUGAUGCACCAGCAGCCACCCUCUCAGCAGUAUAACAUGCCUCCUGGUGGUGGUGGACAGCACUACCAAGGACAGCAGAACCCAAUGGGCAUGAUGGGCCAGGUCAACCAAGGGAACCACGUCAUGGGCCAGAGGCCGAUGCCGCCCUACAGACCCCCACAGCAAGGACCCCCUCAGCAGUACCCAGGGCAGGAAGACUACUAUGGGGACCAGUACAGUCACGCAGGACAGGGAGCCUCAGAAGGUAAUGCCCAGUAUGGCCAACAGCAGGAAGCAUACCAGCAAGGCCCUCCCCAGCAGCAGGGCUACCCUCCUCAGCAGCAGUACCCGGGUCAACAGGGCUACCCACCACAGCAGCAGGGUUACGGCCCCUCCCAAAGUGCCCCAGGACAGUAUCCUAACUAUCCUCAAGGGCAGGGACAGCAGUAUGGGGCCUAUCGCCCUCCUCAGCCAGGACCCCCACAGGGCCAGCAGCAACGCCCCUAUGGCUAUGACCAGGUGAGUAUAACCACAGCGCCAGACAGUCACAGAGACUUGUUGAUACAUAGGUCAUAGUUUGACCCCUAAUGUGUUUGUUGCCAGACGUAGCUAUAUGUAAUGUGUAGUGAGAACAGAGACCAAUGUAAGUGAAGUUAGAAGGUAGGAUAUUUUGCAUGCUGUCAUCAUAUUGAGGGGUUAAAUCUGUUCUUCCUGAAAGAGUGUAUGUAAUACUGUUGUCUUUGACUUGUUAAUUUGAGUCUUGGUUAUAUAUCCUGGCUAAUAUGGUUUUGCCAAUUCAGUGAAAUAUGAGGGCUAUAAGAGGAUUCUUCCUUAAACUGAAUGUAAACUUGCUCUGGUGUUUAAAGGGAGAUCUAUUUGUUGCCCUGUAUUUCCUGUGGUCUUAUGUGGGAACCACAGCUACACUUUGAUAUCUUUAUCUUUGAAUAUUCAGGGGCACAUGAGGAAAUAAAGACCCGGGGAUUUGAACCCCUGACUAGCUCUGUAAGAAGCAAAGGUAAUGGUUGCUGUGAAGACCUCAACGUUCAAUCUAGACGUUUGACCACCUAGCCUUAAUUUACAUUUGUUAUGUUUCUUCUGUCUCUUCUUUUUUUCUUUAUCUUUUCUUCCAUCUUUCUCUUUUUCUUUUCUCUUCUUUUUGUCCUACUUUUUAUUUUGUGAUUAACCAGGGGUCGAAUUGUAAGUUACGAGGUCCAGAAACACAGCAUGCUUAGUCCUACAGUGAGACAGCCAACAGCUUAGCGCUUUGGCUGCGUCCUUAAUCCGGUUUUAAAUGAUUAUUGUGCUUAUAACAGUCAAAUGUUUGAAUUGAAAUGUUUCUGUAUAUCAGACUGUCAAAAUCAUAGUUUGUUUUCUAAAUUUACUUCGACCCCUGUUUAGAAAAUCAUCACACAAGUGUCCACUAUUGAAUAAGGAAUAUCUUGUGUCCUCAGCUAUGUUGCUGCUGAAACCUGAGGUAUAAAGUUAGAGCUGUCAAGUUGUGAGGCCAUGCUGCCACCUGCUGGUCAAUACCAGCAAAUGCAGCCAUAUAUCAUGGUUUGCAUUAUGAUAUGGUUGAAACCACAGAUGUUUGUUCGUACCCUAUUGAGAUUUGUGAAUAAAAGCUUUACUCUGCUUUCUCUGAGAAGGUCAGUAACAUGAGUCUGUCACUUUUCUCUCCACAGGGCCAAUAUGGAAAUUACCAGCAAUGAGAGAUGGUCACAGCAACCCACACAGCUCUGUUCUGAUCUCUGUCUGAGCUUUGACCUCUGGUCAGCAGCUAAGCAGACUUUAAAUGAUGGUUGUAGCUCACUGAGAUUCCCUCAGACACGAACAUACAACACUCGAAAAUACAAGAUAACGUUCCCCCCCCCCUCUCUCUCUUUGGGCUCUUAUCCUUGCCUAAAAAAUUGUAUUCUGUUACAUCGACUUGAUAAUGUCAAAGUCCAUGACUCACCCUCUGGUCCAGUAUGUCUCAAAGCAGCAAUGCCUUAAAAAUGGAACUGCCUUAUCCUUUAGCAUUGCAGAUUGUGAAACGGGCUAACACAAAUUUUGGAUAUCAGAGAUGAUUUAAAUGUACAGUUUCAAUCUACUGUGGUGCAUUGUUUCUCUGUCCUUCAGCUCCUUGUUCAUAAGAAGCAAUAAUGCCAGCAGUAGGGAAAAUGUGUGGGGGCUCGGAGAUGAAAUAAUGCACCAGACAAACUUCCCGCUAGGCCAUGGUACGUGUCUUGAUGUAUGUGAUGAUGUACAAAUAUAUUUUAUGCUUUUUAGAUCAAGCUAACUUUGUAUAAGACAUUGGAAACUAGUACUAAAGCUGUGUUGUUUAUUUCAUGAAGUGUAUGUGUCAAUGUUUUUUUAAACGAUGAUCCCAUCCAGCACUUUUUUUUCUUUCUUUUUUUUUUUUUAUUUUUUUUUGGUUCCUUUUUAUUUUUGUUGUGUUGAAUUGUGUAACUAUACAAUUGGAUCUGCUACGUCAGCGAUAUGGGCACUGUGUGAAUUCUUUGCGUAAAAACUUUCAGUGACAUGCACGGAAAUUCCUUGAAGGACAAAUACGAACAUCAUGCUUGGAAUUUGAACAUGCUCAAUGUCUGACCACACGCAAAACAGUUUCCGAGUUUUUAAAAAAUCGAUAUGAAAUUUCAAUCUUGUGGGGGUUUUUUUUGUUUUUUUUUAACCACAUAACCUGACAGAAUAAUGGCAAUCAGCCUUUAUUUGACCCAUGUGCCCGAAGAGGUGAUGUGUAGCAGAUGCUGCUGCAAAUUGUAAGUCAGUGCUCUCUGGAGCUUUUUUUUUUUUUUUCUGUACAAGCACCUCAGUCUUGUCCGAUGACUGCAAAUUGGUGAAUGGGAAAAAUUCGUAUAAUAAAUAUUUCUGACAAGUACUUUUUUUUAACGUCUCGACUAUGCUGGAAUCCCCUUUUCCCUUUGAAUAAACGUCUAAGUUGAUGUCAUUCAAAUAGUGUUGUGUGUGAAUAAUAAAGAUUGUUACUGUCAAAUAUGUAACAUAAGAUGUGAAAAUAAUGUUCUCAAAUGGAUUCCUUAAUUUCACAGUAAAGACUGGUUGUGCAGUUUUAUAUCACUGGCUUGAUAUCUGUUUUAUGGUGCAUACUUUAUUGAUCCCAUAUGUACAGCGGCGUAAAGAAGAGGAACUCAUUGUCCUCCGAUAUUGUUUAUAUGGCUGUUUUAAUAUUUGGCAUCCUGCACCCCAUUCAAGUGGUCACAUUUGUGUCAUGGCAAUGUAUAACUGUACAUUACAAUAAAUUGGAAGAAUCUUUAAUAUAU